AUGAGACAAAAGAAAGACAUGAAACAGAUAAAACGCGAAAUUGUGAAAAGGGGCAACCACGUAACGGGUGCGAAGACGGGAGCGAAGCGCAUUAUCUUAAAGCCGCUUAUACCAGCAAUACACAACACAACAGCGGCGACAGCAGCAGCAGCAGCAGCAGCAGCAAUGACCCAAAUUCGUGACUUGGCAGUCGAUGAAGCCAAGAAUAUGCGCUGUGAGUUCAUACUUUUCAGCCUGCUGUUGGGCGCCGGCUUUUUGCUCACUGCAGUCAAUGCCGACAAAGGUGUUAUUGUUGUAGCACGCUCCGCAAGCACACCGGCUGUUGCUGCUUCGAAAGCGAAACCCACAUCCGCACCGCUAUACACAUCCACACCACCACCACCACCACCCGCUGAUGAGGUGAAGCCGACGUCAGCGCCAACUAAGCCCGCCGCUAUAAUCAUAAAUGCGCCACCACAACUCGUCUCGACCACUGCAAAGCAGGAAAUUAAAGCUGAAAAUGUCACUGAGCCAAAGCCCUUGCAAACGCCGCCUACAGUAGCUGUCAACGGCGCUCCUGUCGCAGCGCCGCCAAGACAAGCCAAGCCACUACAAGUGACCGGUUUCAUUACGCGAGAUGGCAACAUUUACGAGGUGACCGAUAAGAAUGGCAUCGGUCGCAUUGAGAGUCGUCAGAACGUUGAUACCGACAAUGCGCCGCAUAUAUGUAAUUACGGCAGUGUUGUCAUUUACAGUGAUGUACCCUGUGAUGAGGUGAUCAAUGUGCAUAUCGGUGAAGUGGAAACCAAAGUGAUAAACACCGCUGAGCGAGAGCAGGAGGCAAAUAUGCCGGAGGAAUCACAGCAAUCAGCUGCGAUUGCAGAUGCAAACGAAGUUAGUAACAAUAACAGCAACAACAAUGCAGUGGACAGCAACAACAGCGACAAGCCCAAUGCCAGCGCUAGUGGUGCUGACGAUGAGGAUUUUAACGAUUUCGAUGAUCGCCCACAAUUGCCGCCGAAAAAGCGUAAACGCGGCAACAAAAAGGCCAACAAUCAACGUAAAGGCAAUGGCAACAGUACAAGACGCCAACGUCCGAAUGGCUUGCGUCAGGGCGGCAGCAAUCGUCACCGUCAGGCGCAGCGUCAUCAGCCCGCUCAAAAGCAGAAGCAACAGCAACAGCGACGUCGUUUGCAAAACAAUCGCAAAAGGAAUCAGCAACAACGUAGACGUCUGCAACAACAGGAACAACUGAGACCACAGCAACAACAAAAGCGACGACGCAAUCAAAAUGGUAAUCGCAGAAAUGCAGUACGACGACAAAGUCAACGUGGCCAACAAGGCAGUGGCAACUAUAACAGACGGCGCUACAACAACUAUGAUUUUGAUUAUGAGGUACGUAAGCUAUAGACUAACGGUAAUGUGCAGCUGCAGAGAUAA